AUGUUUAGUAAAAAAUCGAAGAAAAACAACGACUCGCAGGUCAACUCUGGGAACAAUAGCGAGUUAACAGCAAGGUCCAGAGAUUUAACUGUUGCGGUCAAUAGUCGAGCUAAUUUCACUUUUCUUGCGACGAGAGCGAUUAUUCAGACAGCAAAACUUAUAGCACCCAAGAAACAAAAGAAAAAUGACUCUCCUCAGAAACCCAUACCCGAGUCCUCCGCGAGUACCGCUUCAACUUUAUCACCUUACACUCAAAAACGUGUUUCCAAAUCUUUAAACGAGGUAGCCUUAAAUCCUCGUCCCGAACACCAACGACGCCCCUCGGAACCAAGCCGAAUUGAUGAACGCGUUUUGCACAAUUAUAAUACUAAUUCCAAUGCAGUUAACUCUCGGCGCGCGAACGCAAGUGGUGGUUCCGCGCGAAAAGAUCAAAACAAAUCUAUUGAAAGAUCCUCGUCAAUAUCGAACGUUCCAAUUAUUAAGGAAGGAUAUUUGAACAAGAGAACCGAUUUCGAUGUUAAGUCAGUGUCCACCUCACGCGGUUGGAAGGUGUACCGUGUGAUACUAAAGGGUUCAAAAUUGUACUUUUAUAAGCCGCCUUCCGAGGCGGUGUUGAAAACCUUUUUUCCGAACAACAAAGAUCUAAACAUGGGCAAAGAUAUGGCCUCAACCCUUUCACCCAUUAACGAACGCGGAAUGCAACUUAAUCCAUCAAACUUUGAAUCUGGCGCUAGUAAAUUGAUUUUCGAAGGUGGUUCGACGAACGCUGAAAUUGAAUUCAGUCCACCAUUGAUUUCCAAGUAUUAUUAUGGUGAAACUUGUUAUGAGGUGGAUCGCACUCCGGCUAUGAGGUUUAAAAAACACGUGUGUCUGCUCAUAUUUGAGGACAAUGUGGUCAUAUGUAAACGCAAAUGGGUCAGAUACACGGCUGCAAAUCUACGACCAAUAAUAGAUGCUAUUGGAUUUGGUGGUGGAAAUCAUCCGUCUACCAACGUCAAUGACAUAAAUGGUCAAGACUGGGAUACAAAAUCGGUUGGUAGUGCCCGCGGAAUACCUGAAACCGACGGAUUCACUACAAACAAGGGUAAGGGUUACUAUACCAAAUGGAAACUAGAUGCAUUAUAUUCUAUCCAUAAUAUCGAUGUAAUCCCAGACCCAAAUCUGCCUACUAGUCAUUCUCCUUACAUAGCACCAUCUUCUCAACCAUCGCUUUUUACCGCGAGCAGACGAAACGAUGAUACCGCCUCACUUCGAUCCGGUUCAUCAUCUGUGUCAGCAAUUGCCAAUGUUUCUUCGUCUUCCGGUGCCAUCCUUUACCUUAACAUAGUUGAUAGUCGUGAGAAAGACAGUUGUCGUGUCUUCGUCGCGCCGAACAACGAGGCGAGAUCAUUGUGGGUCGCAAAGUUGUGGGAUGCCAAGAAGGCAAGUCUAAGGAAGAUGAUAAGAUUGCCUGUGAUUGAAUCGUCGACAAAGGAAUCAACCGAAGAAGCUGAAUUUUACGAACAAAACGGAUACCGUGGUGGUCUCAAUGGAUUUCCGGAGUUGACGGGGACCGUCGGUGGGGAAAAGAGUGACGGUACGACCACCACGGCAAGGAGGGUGAGAGCGUAUUGGGGUGUCGGCAGGCAUCCGGAAUUAGUUAUCAAGGAAUCGGAUGUGAUGGAUGAAUCGACCGAGGAAGAGGACAUUUCAAAAUCAGAUGACCCUUUGGUGAUAUCAUCGACGUCUCAACGAUUGAUUCGUGGAGGUUCUAUCGACUCGUUAAUCCAUGAACUCAUGUUCGAGACGCAAAAAGGAGUUCACAAUGAUGACGCGCUUCUUCACGUCUUCCUCCUCACCUACCAAUUAUUCGCCGAACCCAGUCACAUCUUUCGCGAAUUGAAAAGAUGCACUGGUAUGCGGAAGGAUGACAAUGAGAAUUCACCGAACAAUCAAAUAAUCAAGAGGUUGAUAUUUAUACUCACCACCUGGUGUCAAAGUUAUGGGCGCGAUUUGCUACGUGAGGAUGUCUGGAAGGGCAUGCUGGAAAUUAUAGAAGAAAGGGUGAGCAACGAAAGUGUCACCGAUGCCGAGGAUUUAAAAAAAUUGGUGCAAGACACUCGCGAUAGAUUGAUGAAUGAAAACGAAGAGGAAGUCUUGGUGAAAUCAUUCCCGAAUCAUCUUCCCACCUCUUCACCACUCUCCUUGGACCUCUCGAAUUUACUCGUCACAGGCUUAACCCCUGCAUUAUUCCUAAAGAUGACACCCGAGGAGUUGGCGCAACAGCUCUAUUUGUACCAUCUGUUGCAACUCAAGAAAACGAACCCAAGGCAGGAUCUGAAAAUUUUUGUUCCAUCCAAGAAUCGUUCGGACUCGGCUACAAGAGAGUGCCCAUUAAAUUUCACUCCUGUCGCGCCUCACUUCAUUACCCGAUUGAUAUAUCAUCAUGUAUUAAUCGCGUCUCAACAAUCGGCAUACACCAGUCGACGACCAUUACUGCUGACACAUUGGAUACAGACCGGGAUCGCAUGCAAAGCUUUGGGCGACAUGGCGAGCUGGAUGGCGGUUGCCUCGGCUAUUUGUUCGCCCGGAAUCGUGCGCUUGAAGGAAACAUGGAGGAGGGUUGGUGAACAAUGGAGAGGUGUCGUCAUGAAUGAUUGGGUUCCAUUUUUAUCAUCAUUAGGCGGUCUGUACGGAGAGAUAGAUCCAGAUGACGGAAGCCCAUUGCAAUUAGUCAUACACGAUAAAAAGGAAAAAAGUAAGACAAAGCCGAUUCCUUAUUUCGGAUUUAUCACUCUUGCACUAGAACAUUUGAAUUCGACAACUCCUUCGGUGAUUGACCGGAAUAUUGGGGAAACGAACCGUGUUGGCUCAAGAAACAACAGUCUCUCGGGAAUGGGCGUGAUAAAUUUCGAAAAAUAUUGGAAAAUGUAUGAUGUCAUCAUUUCGUCACUUGAUCAAUGGGAUCCGUCCGGGGAUUACAUGGAUUAUGAUAUCUCGCUAUGCCCUUUCUCUCCGUCAACUCUUCUACAAAAAUACUUUAACAAUUUAAAUUCCAUUCCGGCUUCUUCGACGCUGGAUGCGUGGCAGUUGUUCGAUUCCUCUUUGAUGUGUGAACCUCGCCUCCAUGGUCAAUACUUGGAACAUCACGCCCGUCAACGGAAGACGCACUCCGCCUACAUCCCGUUAGUAUUUACCGAGGUCAUACCAUCCAACCGAUUGUUCGAAAAACAAGCGUUCUUGAGCGCAAGCGGUACAUUAGAUGUAGGCUCGUUAUCGCCCACAAGAAUGCAUUCCGGCGUGAGUUCAACCGAUCAGCUUCAGGGGGGUGUAAGGAAAAGAACUUUGUCGUUCCCACCAUCAAAAAUAGGUCCACUGACCUCAACCACAUGGAAUACGGGUUUGGAUCUGGUGACACGGAAUUGGUUAGGCGGCCUUGUGCAACGCAGAGGCGGUUACAAUUCGUUGUUGAGGUGUAUGAAAGAUAUUGCUGGCGUUGGGGAGAUGCUCAUGUUUGUUAAAGAUGGGGAGUUGGUGUUCAAAUCUGUUGUGGAUGCCACUGGUUCAAGGCCUGCUAGCAUUGUGGAGUCAUCGUCAGGAACUGCGUCUAGGAGAAAUUCUUCAUAUGGCACCUCCCUCCAUCCGCAGCGCGCGGCGGAGCAUGACGCCCUGAUGGUGGUCGUCAAGGCGGGGACCCUGGAACGUUUGGUGGAUGUCUUGGUUAACGGCGUUGCGGCGUACAGUGCGAGUGUGGUGGAUGAUAAUAGUGAGCCUCCGUUGAAUAUUGGAAAACAAUGCCAACUUGGGAUCAACUCGGGAGAAUACAUGGCGACAUUCUUUAGUACAUAUCGUAGUUUCUGUAGUCCAAACUUAUUGUUCGACAUUUUAAAGAGACAUUUCGUCGACGCUAAAAAAAUAUCCAAGAAUUCGGUGGCUUCUCAGAAUCGGUUGGAAUCUAACACAUCCUCGACAUCCCACGAUGAUCUCGGAAAAGAAUCCAAGGAUGAUGUGAUUUAUGACUUGAAAAUUUUGAUGUCGAUUUGGUCAAGAGUUUUAUCUGUGUUCCGAUAUUGGAUUGAAGAAUUUUUCCAUGAUUUUCUGGAUGAUUUGAGUUUAAAAAAUCAUCUGUUGCAUUUUCUUAACGAAGCAAAAUCGGAAAUAGAAUCUUGGAUUAGCAAGGUGUCUGACAGACUUUUAUUACCUUUGGUUGAAGGGGCGAGAGAGUUGGUGAUUUCUACGAGGCGCUUGGCAAUGACCAAGAGCCUCGAGCCUGCCUAUGACGUGCAAAACGAGAAGAUGGCAAAUCUGGUUGACAAGGCCAUGAACGAAUUAUCGCUACCAUCUUCGGGUAAAAAGGAAAGAAAGGAUGACGGGAUAGUGGACCCAUCUUCAGGUAUUCAUGAUGCUCCGGCUCUUUUAGAUGGCAUCGAUCUUGUUGUUCUCGAGCUUUUCGAAGCGGUUACUCCGCAAGACUGGUUUCUUGCCUUUGAGGUUUUGGAAACACAAUCGACUAGCGUUUUGGGAUGGUAUCCGAAAAAACAAACGGGUUACGCCAAUGACGAUGAAGUAAUUAUUACCGACAUAUUCACCACGUUGCACACUACCGAACGAGCCGGAAACUCUGAGGAAAAUGUUCUUCGCUCUCUUCCGCGUUCAAUCCAGGCCCUUUGCCGUAUUCACGACGCCAUACGCAAAUGGGUGAUUCAAGAGAUUUCGUUACCUUCCAUUGAAAUAGAAUCACGAGUUGGCAAGAUGAAUGUUUUUCUUGACAUGAUUUUGCUGAGCAGAAAACGAAUGGUUAGAUUGGAGGUUUAUCCCAAGGAAGUUGCGAGACGUGAUUCUGAAAUAAAGAGAAGUGUCCCCUCAUUUGUAGAAAGUGCAAUAGUCAGUGCCUUAAUAAGUCCCGAAAGUAGAUUAUUUGCUAGAGCCUGGUCGGAGGUUGCCAUGAGCCGUAAUGGUAGCGUGGAGUCUCUUGAUUCCUUAUUACAAAAUGGUUUAACCAAAGCCCAUCCUGAUAACUCGAACUUAGCCAUGGUACCAUGCAUCGGAUGGCUGUUUGAGAGAAUGUUGGAAAUUUGUUGCAAUAUUCCGGAUAUGUCAUUUGAAUCCGAAAAACUAAUAAAUUACGACAAGCGCCGUUACGUGUACAACCUGAUACAAAUAUUUGUUCGAAUGCAAUGUGAAUUGACCGAACAAGUCCAAGAUCGAAAACCAACCGUAGACGUUCGUUACUUGACUACCAUGAACUUGCAUUCGGGUAAUUCGAAGAAUGACUUGCGUAACUUCAAAGAGACCGCCCUACGAGAAAACAAUUCAUUACGAAUGGUUAGCCCACCACCCAGGCAAACGAAAUUUCUACGACCUUUUAGCAAACAUGUUGCCGAACAGCAAGAGAAGAUAAGACGCGACCAAAAAGAAAGGGAUCGUUUGAAGAAGGAAUUUCGUGAAUCUCAGCAUAAAUUGCAAAAGAAGCAAAACGAGCAAGCAAAACUUCUCGAGAAACGGUAUCGAACAAGCACGUGGAUGCAUAAUUCUGGAAAUUCAAACUCGGCACGAAAUUUAUCUUCAAAGACACAUACUCCAAAUUCUAAACCUGUUCUCGUCAUAAAUUUGAUCGAUUGCAAGACUUCCGUUGACUAUAGUGUAUCUCUUGAUUUUGUUUUUCGAAUCACUAGCGAGGAAGGUGGCGGUCAGUAUUUGUUUCAAGCGUUAGACUAUGAGAACAUGAAUGAUUGGAUGCGUGUUAUCGAUGAGGUUGCCAAAGAGGGUGCAGUGAAAAGGAUGACAAUAUUUAAAACUGAACAACACAUUAAUCCUAAGGAAGAAGAGGUUUUGGAAAAAACGACAAAGACUCGUAAUUCUGUAUAUGGUAGGGAUCUCUCAACGUUAAUGGCGGGCGGUAAAAUUCCUGUGUUAGUUGAAAAAUGUAUAACAGAAAUUGAAAAAAGAGAAGAAGUUGGAAUUUACAGAGUUUCCGGCUCCGCAGUUGCGAUAAAUAAGCUUAGGGCCGCAUUUAAUAAGAACGCUGAUGCUGUUGAUUUGAGUGGAGAUGAAUACGGCGAUAUAAACAUUGUAUCUAGUGCUCUCAAACUCUUUUUCCGUUCUCUUCCAGAGCCCGUAACCACGUUUGGGCUGUACGAUGAGUUCAUCAAUGCUGCGAGUAUAAAAGAUAGAGAUGAACGGUUUCUUGCCAUCAAGGACGUUCUUCACAAGUUGCCCAUACAGAAUUACAUAUUGCUGAAAAGAUUAAUCGAGCAUUUGGAAAAAGUUACCGAUUAUGAGGAAAUUAAUCACAUGUACGCUGAAAAUUUGGCUAUUGUCUUUGGCCCCAACCUGCUGAAAUCACGGGAUGACAAUGAUUCGAUGAGGAAUAUUGGUCAUCACUCAAACAUUGUCAAAUGCUUGAUUCUUCAAUAUCAUUGGUUCUUCAACACCGAAGAUGAAGCCUCAGAUAUUGAAUAUCAGGAGGAGCUUUUGGAUCCAGAUAUUGAAGUUAGUGAACCAGAGGGUGAAGCUGACGGACCUCAAGAAAAUAACAAUUCAAUGGAUGACGCUUCUUCAUUUGAUAAUCGGUCUGCGACUUCGGAGAAUUAUGCUCCCUGGCCCUCUCCGGAACCCAUUUACGGGGAGAAUUUUGAAGAAGCAGUUGGAAAAGGUUUAUCAGAAGAACCGGUCGAUCAAAUUCUUGAGGAUCAUGAGGAAGAGCACUUUUCAGAGACCGAAAUUAAUUCACAACAGAUUCCAUCGAUACAUGUUCACGGAGAAAAUCAAUUAAGAGAAGUAGUGCUGACAGACGUCACGGAAGAAUCCGAUGAAGAAUCAUCUCAACUGCAAGAACAUCCCUUGGAUACUGAGGAUAGUUUACACCAGAGAUCGGAUCUUCCAUUAAUACAAAUUCAAGGUGAAAGUCAGUCAGACAACGAAAAUGAUGAGCUGUCUCACGACCACCUUUUUGAGACCGAAAUUAAUUUACAACAGCUUUCGUCGAUACAAUUUCAAGAGGAUGAUUGGCCAAAUGAUGAAAAAGAUUUAAGGGACGUCAUGGAGGGAUCAAAAGAACAGCUUUCGGAAACUGAGGUUAGCCUACACCACCAAGAAUUAAACUCUCUGUCAACACAAAUUCAGGAAGAAAGUCAAUUAAACGAUAAAAUAGUUUUGAGAAAUGUCCCAGAGGGAUCAAAUAGUUUGCUAAUCCAACCUCAGAGUGAUCAGCUGAAAGACGAUACAAUCAAACCAACUUUGACGGCUGCUUUAGAAGAAUCAGGGGAAAAAUCGACUGAAUUGCCGAAAGAGCCCAAUUCGAAAACGGAAAUUAACCUGAGUCUAGAAUUGUCCAUAACAGAUGUUCAAAAGAGUUGGUUAAAUGAUGAUGAUAAAAGGGAAGCAUUUUUGACUGAUGUGAUAAGAGAAUCCUCCGAAUCAUUGAUUAAAAUUAAUUCACUCCCGGAAUCAGAUCUCCCAUCAACACAGAAACAAAGUCAUCUAGAUGAUGAUGAAAGAGAAACAAUAUUAAAUAAUGUCAUGAAAAAAUCUGUCGAGCUUGUAAAUGUGGAUAUUCCUUCGGUGCAAGUUCAAGAAGACCAGUUAAAUGAUUUUGUAGCCAAAGAAAUGGCUUUGACUGAUGCGAAAGAAUCAGGCGAAAAUUUAGCUGGGUCAUCGCAAGAGUAUCCUUUUGAGGCUGAAUUCGAUCUUCCAUUAGUGCAGGUUUACAAAGAGAGCCAGCCGAAUAAAGACUUUGUCAACAACUCUGUUAUAGCUGAUUCGGAAAAAUCAGACGAAAUAACACAUGAAACUAACUUAAAUAAGAGACAAAGUCUUCUGAUAAUACCGGUUGAGGAAGAAUCUAAAUUAGAUUCGAAUGGCACUAAAAGAAUGUCCAUUUUGACAGUUAUGAAAGAACCUAAAAGUAAAACCGAAUCUAUCAAAAAAGAAUUUAUCCUAGAUGUGGAAUUAGAUGCAUCAGAAAAACCAAUGGUCGAACAACCCUCCUCUCAGGAUUAA